AUGGCUUCUGGUCGGAAGGACUUUUUAAGCCAGCCUGCGCCCGAGAAUUAUGUUGCCGGUCUAGGUAGAGGCGCGACGGGUUUCACCACUCGUUCGGAUCUGGGGCCUGCGCGAGAAGGCCCUACACCAGAGCAAAUUCAGGCUGCUCUUGCGAAAAGGGCACAGUUACUCGGGGCAGCCCCUCCGACAGCAUACGGCGCAGGGCGUGAGAAGGGUGGCAAAGACGAAAAAGAGGAGGAAGAAGACGACGAUCGUUUUCAGGACCCAGACAAUGAAGUUGGGCUUUUCGCAUACGGGCAAUUCGACCAAGAAGACGAUGAAGCGGAUCGAAUUUACAGGGAGGUAGAUGAGAAGAUGGAUAGACGCCGGAAAACAAGACGGGAAGCUCGAGAACGCCAAGAACAGGAAGACUAUGAGCGUAAAAAUCCAAAGAUUCAACAGCAGUUCGCGGACCUGAAACGAUCAUUAGCUUCUGUCUCUGAAGACCAGUGGGCCAGUCUUCCGGAGAUUGGAGACCUUACGGGGAAGAAUAGACGGGCAAAACAAAACCUUCGCCAACGAUUUUAUGCCGUUCCAGACAGUGUUAUUGCUGGUGCAAGAGACUCCACCCAGUUUGAAACCACCGUUACAGAUGAUGGCGCCGCUACAGAUGUCCGAGGAACGGAAGGGACAGACGGAGCUAUUACGAAUUUUGCGGAUAUAAGUGCUGCCCGUGAUAAGGUCCUGAAAGUCAGGCUCGACCAAGCUGCUAUAGGGUCAUCUGGCGACUCGGCCUCGGGAAGUGCGACCAAUAUUGAUCCUAAGGGAUAUCUUACGAGUCUCACUCAGUCGGAACUCAAAGCCGGUGAGGUGGAAAUAGGAGAUAUAAAGCGAGUUCGUGUGUUACUGGAAUCUGUGACGAGGACGAAUCCCAAACAUGCUCCCGGUUGGAUUGCACUUGCGCGCUUGGAAGAACUUGCCGGCAGGAUUGUGGCUGCCAGAAAUAUUAUUGCGAAGGGUUGCGAGUUAUGUCCAAAAAGUGAGGAUGGAUGGCUUGAAAAUAUCCGGCUUAACGAAGGGCAUAACGCCAAGAUCAUAGCUGCGAACGCUAUAAAGAAUAAUGAUCGCUCCACGAGGCUCUGGAUUGAAGCUAUGCGGUUGGAAUCGGAGCCUCGUGCAAAGAAGAACGUGUUACGACAGGCCAUUCUCCACAUACCUCAGUCUGUUGCCAUCUGGAAAGAAGCCGUGAAUCUAGAAGAUGAUCCGGCAGAUGCACGCCUCCUCUUGGCAAAGGCAGUUGAAAUGAUACCGCUAUCUGUGGAGCUAUGGCUUGCUCUUGCGCGGCUUGAGACUCCCGAAAAUGCUCAAAAGGUUUUGAAUGCCGCUCGAAAGGCUGUUCCCACUAGCCAUGAAAUCUGGAUUGCUGCAGCGCGUCUGCAAGAACAAAUGGGCACUUUCAGUAAAAUUAAUGUUAUGAAAAGAGCGGUGCAGUCGCUGGCUAGGGAAAAUGCGAUGCUGAAGAGAGAAGAAUGGAUAGCCGAAGCAGAAAAAUGUGAGGAGGAAGGUGCGAUUCUCACUUGCGGUGCGAUCAUACGAGAGACCCUUGGGUGGGGUCUAGAUGAGGAUGAUGACAGGAAAGACAUUUGGAUGGACGAUGCGAAGGCUAGUAUUGCAAGAGGAAAGUAUGAGACUGCUAGGGCCAUCUACGCGUAUGCGUUGCGUGUCUUUGUCAAUCGCCGGUCAAUUUGGCUAGCAGCGGCAGAUCUCGAACGAAAUCAUGGCAGUAAAGAGGCACAAUGGCAAGUUCUCGAGAAAGCCGUCGAAGCGUGCCCGCAGAGUGAAGAACUAUGGUUGCAGCUCGCGAAGGAGAAGUGGCAGACUGGGGAGAUCGACGAGGCCAGGCGAGUACUUGGUCGUGCCUUUAAUCAAAAUCCCAACAACGAAGAUAUCUGGCUGGCUGCUGUCAAGCUUGAAGCGGAUGCCCAGCAGACAGAUCAAGCCCGGGAGCUCCUUGCUACCGCCCGUCGUGAAGCAGGCACGGACCGUGUCUGGGUCAAGAGUGUAGCCUUUGAACGGCAACUAAAUAAUGUCGAUGAGGCGCUCGAUCUUGUGAACCAAGGCCUUCAACUCUAUCCUAAGGCUGACAAGCUUUGGAUGAUGAAAGGUCAGAUCUACGAGUCUCAGAAUAAAUACCCCCAAGCUCGGGAAGCUUAUGGGACCGGUGUUAGAGCCUGUCCCAAGUCUGCUCCCCUCUGGUUGUUGGCCUCAAGGCUGGAGGAAAAGGCCGGAGCCGUCGUCAAAGCCCGCUCGGUUCUUGAUAGAGCUCGCCUUGCCGUUCCGAAGAGCGCGGAGUUGUGGACAGAAAGUGUUCGGGUAGAGAGGCGUGCGAGCAAUAUCGGCCAGGCAAAGGUCCUAAUGGCGAAGGCGUUGCAGGAAGUGCCGACAUCCGGAUUAUUAUGGAGCGAAAGCAUUUGGUACCUCGAGCCCCGGCCGCAACGAAAGGCGCGUAGUUUGGAGGCAAUCAAGAAGGUAGAAAAUGAUCCAAUUCUCUUUAUUACAGUGGCGCGGAUCUUUUGGGGGGAGCGUCGGUUGGAGAAAGCGAUGACCUGGUUUGAGAAAGCCAUUGUCUCCGACAGCGAUCUUGGGGAUGGCUGGGCAUGGUACUAUAAGUUCCUAUUGCAGCAUGGUACUGAGGAAAAACGAGCGGACGUAAUAUCCAAAUGCGUUUCGACUGAACCCAAGCAUGGAGAAAUCUGGCAAUCAGUAGCCAAGGAUCCGGCGAAUGCACAACACCCGACAGAAGAGAUCCUGAAGAUGGUUGCUGACCGUCUUUCCUGA